AUGAUGACGUCACUUCUAGUUAUUCCAAUGAUGUUCGUCGUGGCCAUUCAGGCCUUUGAUUCGUCGGAAAUUCGAAUGCUCGAUGAACAAUACGAAACGAAUCAUCCUUACUUCCCAUUUUUGGAACAAAAGCGAAGUGAUAGACCGACUCGUGCAAUGGAUUCUCCACUAAUUCGUUUCGGAAAGAGAGCCGCUGACGGAGCACCACUCAUUCGAUUUGGGCGUGCUCCAGAAGCAUCCCCAUUCAUUCGUUUUGGAAAGAGAGCAGCGGAUGGAGCCCCUCUUAUUAGAUUCGGACGUGCUCCAGAAGCUUCUCCAUUCAUCAGAUUUGGAAAGAGAGCUGCUCCAUCGGCUCCUCUGAUUCGUUUCGGUCGUUCUCCAUCAGCCGCUCCACUUAUUCGCUUCGGACGUUCCGCAGCUGCCCCACUUAUCCGUUUCGGACGUGCCUCAUCGGCUCCACUCAUCCGUUUCGGACGAAAAUAA